AUGGGUAAUAAGUGGACAUCCGAAGAGGAAGCUGCCCUAAGAAAAGGUGUAAGUAAACAUGGUACUGGGAAAUUGCGCAAAAUUCUCAGUAAUCCUGAGUUCAGCACCGCGUUGGUUCACCGAACCAAUGUGAGCAUCAAGGACAAGUGGAGAUCUCUGAAUUUAGCAAGGAUUGAUUCUCCAAACGCCAAUAUCGGACACUAUAAUGAAUCUGUGGCUUUUAUUGGGGAGGCCGGCAGUGGUAAAGAUGGAAGUGCUCAACCUAGCACACUGGCCAUAGCUUAUGAAUCAUCAGAAGAUGAAAAUGAGAAACUAACAUCAAGUAAAAAGGUGCAGCAAGAAAGGGAGUAUGUUUCAGCAGCCUCAGACAGAGUGAAGGCCGCUGUUGAUGCGGAAGUGUGGAGGAUUAGGCAUAUGAGUCCUGAGGAUGCUGUUGCAGCUGCAGCUGAAGCGGUUAAAAUGGCUGAGGCUGCUAUGGCAGAGGCUGAAGAAGCAGAAAAAGAGGCGGUAGAGGCUGAACGUCUUGCAGAAGAGAAACAAUCUAUUGCUGAUGAAUUAGAAAGAAAAUUAAUGGAAAAGAAGGCUAGAGCUGAUGAUUUUAACCAAGCCCCAGCUGAUACUAUAUAA